CUGCAGCUCGCCAGACAACCUGUUUGACAUUGAAAUUAAAAGGCGGAUGGCGAUUCAAGUCUCCUCCUGUUUCAGGUUAUUUUGACCUUUCGUCGAUGAACUAAUUCCUGGAAUAAAUAGACCCCAACAGCACUUGCUGUCAGACGAAAAUCAUCUGUGCAUAAUAAUCCAAUGCAUUUCUUUCCGUCUGUCAUGAACCAUCAGAAAGAAAUGAAAACAAAAAUCGGUUCACUAAAUUUGUUAUUCUCAUGCAAAAGCCAGUUUUUAUCUCUCUUGGCACUGCGCUGGCACAUCGUCAUUAUGGUCUGCUACCUCUACCUGGUAAUCGGUGAUCAAUGUGACCUGUAUACGGCACGAAAAAUCAAGCGAAAAAUAAUGAAUACCCUUUACGUACUGAUAUCAAAUAACGGGGAUUAUACCAUAUGCGGAUCGCGUGUCCACGGUGCUUAACUCGUAUUCCUUUUCGAAUAAUUUUGAAUGGUGCUGGCCUAAUUACGUUUCGGGUUAUUUCUUCCUUUUAUACGUCAGCGAAUUGUACGCCAUGUAUAGAUUCUUUGACGUGAUAUCUCGUUAUAAAGCCGAUUGGAUGUCCGUUUUAUUUCGUAGAGUGAAAGCCGCAUUCCCAGUUCCCACUUUCCCCGUCGGAAGAGUGACGAUUGACGAAGAUGACAAAACCAAAAUAAAAUUGAAUGUCAUUCUUCACGCUAUCUGUAUAAUAGGCAACGUUGCAAAACUAAAUGAGCAGUCCUUUUUGUUAACUCAAAAACUUUUGCAUGUUCUGAACAUCUUGUGGGUUGUGUCUCUCAUUCUCACUUGUAGAACUUGACAGUGUUCAUCCCAUACAGCUGGACAUUUUUUUAAAAAGAAGUGUAGUGUCAUUCAAUUGAACAUCACCAGCAGCCAUUCAAUAGCCAACAACAACAAUCAGCAUUGUAAAUCCAUAAUGUCCUUAGUAUUUGUCAAUUGUCAUCACGUCGAUCUUAGCAGUGUAAACAAAUCACGUUCAUUCAUGCGAGCUGAGCUGACUCUUAAUUCGGGUUUGCGGACUGAAUAUGACUUCAUUAUCAUCGGCGCUGGAUCGGCCGGUGCUGUUAUCGCUAAUCGUCUUACCGAAAUAGAAGAAUGGAAAGUUUUGCUCCUCGAGGCCGGAGGUGACGAAAAUCUUUGGGGUCAAGUGCCGGCCGCGGCGGCCGAUAUCCAACUCACCGAACGCGAUUGGCAGUACCAGACGGAAGAAAUGAGGGGUCAAGCUUGUCUCGGAUUGGAGAACCAGAGAUGUCUCUGGCCGCGGGGUAAGAUGAUGGGCGGCACGUCGUCGAUCAAUUACAUGUUGUACGUACGUGGAAACCGGCGCGAUUACGAUCAGUGGGCCCAACUUGGAAAUUACGGUUGGUCUUACGACGACGUUUUGCCGUAUUUUGUCAAGUCGGAAGACAAUCAGAACCCGUACUUGGCCGGAACGAAAUACCACGGCAAGGGUGGAUACCUGACCGUGAGCGAGGCUGGUUACCAAUCGCCAUUAGGAGGGGCAUUUAUUCAGGGUGGCAAGGAAAUGGGAUACGAAAAUCGUGACGGCAAUGGCGAAUAUCAAACUGGUUUCAUGUUCGCCCAGGGGACAAUCCGCAAAGGCCAUCGCUGCUCCAGUUCCAAGGCGUUCAUCCGACCCAUCCGCAAGCGGAAGAAUCUCCACAUUUCCAUGCAUUCGCACGUGACAAAGAUCCUGAUUGAUCCCAAAACCAAACAGGCCUACGGGGUUCAGUUCCAAAAGCGAGACAGAAUCUACCACAUCUUUGCACGGAAGGAAGUGAUCCUGUCAGCCGGCGACACGGCCAGCCCCCACCUUCUGAUGUUGAGCGGGAUCGGACCAGCUCCCCAUCUGCAGGAAAAGGGAAUCUACCCGAUCCACGCCAAUUUGCCGGUCGGCAAAAAUCUGCACGACCAUGUCGCCUUGGGUGAAGUCAUCUUCCUGAUCGAUCAGCCCUAUUCCUUGAAGGAAGAACGAGUUAGAAACGUGCAGACGAUCCUCAACUACACGGCCUGGGGAGGAACACCCUUGUCCAUGUUGGGAGGUGUUGAGGGACUCGCUUGGCUCAAGACCAAGUACGCGGAUGCCAACGACGACUGGCCGGACGUCCAGUUUCAUUUCAUCGGGUCCUGCGUGACAGCCGAUCGAGGCCGAUCCGUUCGAUACUCGCACGGCGUCUCGGAUUCUGUUUGGGAGGAAUACUACCUGCCGAUUAUUGACAGGGAUUGCUGGAGCGUUAUGCCCGUGACUCUGCGGCCCAGGUCGAGAGGUUACAUCCGUCUCAACUCGGCCGACCCCUUCGACAAGCCCAUCAUCAAUCCGAAUUACUACAGCGAUCCUUACGACUUGGCAGUGACGAUUGAGGGCAUCAAGCUGGCCUUGCAGCUCAGUCAAACGUCGGCUUUUAAGAAAAUGAACAGCAAAUUCUACGACAAGCCUUUCCCUGGCUGUGAAGGCUACCCUAUGGGAACGGACGAUUACUGGGCCUGUUGGGUUCGCAGUUACAGUGUUACAUUGGCGCAUACCGCGGGUACUUGUCAAAUGGGUCCCGAUAAUGACCCGAUGGCUGUUGUGGACCCUUUAUUACGAGUGCGAGGAAUCAGAAACUUGCGUGUGGCCGACACAUCCAUCAUGCCACUCGUGCCCAGCGGCAACACGAACGCUGCCGCGAUUAUGAUCGGAGAAAAGGCGUCGGAUCUUAUAAAAGACACAUGGUAUACUAAGUGACAAAAAGUACCUGCACCAAACACGAUAAUAGAGCGAUAGUCCAAACAAAUUUUGUUUUUUUAUUUAACUGAAUCGUCAUGUAAUGUAGUUAAUUUUAGUAGUA